AUGUCUUCAUAUUACCAUGUAAUAAAUAUGAUCAAUUUUCAAUUGAUACACAUACUUAUUUUUAUUAUAACAAAUUACAUUACUGUUACUAUGACUACGAUGACGACAGCAUCAUUGUCCUACAGAGAAAAUGAAAAUAUGCAGGAGUUAUUAUUGUAUCCACCAGAUUCAGCUAGACGAUUUGCACAUAUAACACGUGGAAGUUAUUUUGGCUAUUCUAUAGCAACUUAUAUUGGUCAAUCACAACCAUCGUGUUUAGUUGGAGCACCGAAAGCUAGUCAUAGUAGUACAAAUGAAUCAACUGGUGUUGUUUAUCGGCUAGAUAUGGAUUUGACUUUUCCAUUUUGUUCAGUUGUACCGAUAGCAACUACAGAUGCAUUAAGAAAAGAAGUUGGUACACCAACACCUGGAGUUUCUCAUUGGUUAGGUGGAACAGUAGCAGCUGCGAACAAUGCUGUCGAUGGAAUUCAACUUGGUUGUGAUUUUCGCUAUCUAUUCAACUCAGAUUUAAUGAAUGAUAUUUCUAAUGAUCCAGCUGACUCAGGAAACCGUUUCAAGUCUUCAAUAAAAUCAAAAAGUUCACUUGGAAUAGGUAAUUGUGCCUUGUAUACGGGAACGUCUAUGCAGUAUGUUUCUGUGGAUCCAUGUCAUAGUCAAGAAGAAGGUGCAUGCCUUGCUGGAUUCAGUGCUGAUGUACAAGCAGGCAAUCAAUCUGGGGAGGCGUUUGUUGCACUUGGCAUGCCUGGAAGUUAUUUAACUGAAGGUAAUAUCUUCUUAGGUCGUUACCAUGGUCGUGAAUUGAUCAAUGCAAUCCGAUUGAAAAGUUCUUCACAUGACUUAAAACAUAAAGGUUUUGGUCUAGGCUAUGCUAUAGCUUUGGCUAAGUUGAAUAGCGAUAAUAAUAAUGACAAAGUCACAAGACAACACCAUUUCAGUCAUCUACAACAACAGGAAGAACAACAACACCAACCUCAAUCGCAUAUCAACAUAAUCACAUCCAGUCCAAUGUGGAUUGACAAUGACUAUCGUGGGAUUGUAAUGAUAUUAAAUCAAGCUAUGGAUUUAGGUGGGAUAACCUAUUUGAAAGAUAAGUGGGGUCAUGUUGGAAGCUACUUUGGCUAUAGUCUCGCCGUUGCAGAUCUCGAUGGAAAUGGUCUAGCUGAUAUAAUUGUUGGUGCACCGUACUUUACUAGACAUCAAAGUCAAGAAACACGUGACGUUUCUGUUAAUACAGAAGACCAAAAUACGCAUCAUCAGGGCACUCAAUGGUCAAACCUUUUACCAGACAUUGGAAGAGUUUAUAUAUUUUAUGGCGCAUAUUCAAAUUCUUCAAGUCCACUAAGUGAUUCCAAAUCAAGACCAGAUAUUCCAGAUUAUUUUAGUCGAGAACCAGUGAUUUUAGAAGGACCAAAGUCUCCUAAGGGGCGAUUUGGACAUGCUGUUUCAAAUAUCGGUGAUGUUGACAGUGAUGGUACUGAUGAUUUGGCUGUCAGUUGUCCUUAUUGUAAUGAUCCUAACGGAGAAGUUGAUAAAGGUGUUGUGUUUAUUUACUUGGGAAAGAAAGACUCCAUACUUGAUGCAGAACCAUUUCAGAGUAUAUGGCCUUCUGAUCUACCAAAGGUGCCUGCUGUAACAGUAUGCGGUAGUACUGAUUUCACCAGUGAUUAUACAUCGGAGAGUCCGCGUGUCUUUACAGCGUUCGGCUGGAGUUUAUCAGGUUUAUCAGAUUUAGAUGGGAAUAAUGCACCUGAUCUUGUAAUUGGUGAUUAUGAAAGUGAUCAGGUCGUCAUGCUUCGAGCACGUAACACUUUAUGGUUUGAUUCUGCUGAAUGGGAACUGCCUACACAACCUACAUUAUCAUGGUUAAGUGAAGACGGUUUAACUUGUGAUUAUGAAUGCAGUUUUCCAAUGCAAUUAUCUGUCAGAAUCAAUGGUAAUCAACAACUUUUAAAGCAAAUAAAAGACUGGAAACUACGAUUAAUGAUCGAUUUGGAUUCAGAUGUUGAGCAACCUGAAAAUAAACGUCUCAUUGUAAGAUCUGUUAGAAAACAAAUGUAUGAACAUUCACUUGUUAAAGGAGUUAUCGAUACGUUAGUGGAUUUAAAAACCAGUGAAUUGGCUGAUGAAUAUGCUAAUAGAAUAGUUUUAUUCGACUUUGUUGUUGAACCUUUACCAGGCAGAGUUAGUACGCUUUUAUGGAAGCCUGUACGUAUCAAUGUAACUCUCAGUCCAGUUAUCGAUCCAAUGUCUUUUGUUGAACAUAAAUCAAUAUCCUCAUGGAUGUUACAUCCUUUUCUAGGACAAAGAUAUUUUGUCAGUCGGUCAAUGCAAUUUUCAAAUCCAGCUUGUGGUAGUGAUAAUAUUUGUCGGCCUGAUUUACAAGUACAAAUGACAGAUAUUUCAGAAGGUCCAACUGAUAAGUCAAUAAUCUAUUUUAGAGAACGUGUUACUCAAAGGAAUGUAACUGUUUUUGUAGGAAAUCUGGGAGAAAAUGCUUACUCUACUAAGUUAGUGAUGACGUUUCCUGAUCAGCUGAGUUUCAGCAUACCUGAAGGAUUACUAUGUGAAACUAUUCCGCUAAGUGAACUUAAGCAAACCCAAUUAUCAUGCAAUUUACGCGAUCCAUUGGGCUAUACAGGCAAUGAAGACGUGUAUUCAUUUACCUUUCAAAUAAAUACAGCUGGAGCAUUUCGUCAGUUGGAUGAACCAUUAAAUGACCAACCAGAAAACGCUACAUCAAAUAGUAAUAAUCAGCAGCAAGGGCAGUUUGAUGAUAUUACUAGUCAACAGCAAAUACCAGAUUCACUUAGAAGCAUGAAGAAUAAACAAAACAGUGUGGAAAGUGAUUUCAAUGCAUCACCAGCACCCUCAUCAUUAUCAUCAGUGUGGAGUGAAAAUCGUUACUAUUCAAACUCAUAUCCCACUUACGAAUCAUAUGAUCAGCAUAGCAGUAAUCGAGUGAAACGCAGUACAUUAUCGAUACCUAAAGAAUUGACAAUAACAGCUGAAGUUCAGAGUGGAAACGAAGAUAUCAAUAAGAAUAAUAAUAAGGCUAGUAUAUCCUACAAGCUAAAAUUGGCUGCAAAAGUUGAACUUUCGUCAUCGGCGUUGGAUCGCACAAUUAUUGAUUUUCGUAAUUUCUCUGUACAACCUUAUGAAAUGCAACGAAUACACCCAGAAACUAUUGGUCCAGAAUUGAAACAUGUUUAUCUUGUUACAAAUGCUGGUCCAUCACCUCUUGAAAGUUUUUGGGUCAAUUUAACAAUCCCUUUACAGACAAGAGAUGGUGAACAUUUAGUUUAUUUACUCGACCGGCUUAGAUAUCAAGCAGAAGAUGGUGGACCUCCAAGAUUUGAAAACAUGUCACCAGAUGUUGUCAGUGCAGAAGGUCAUGUACGCGGAUUUUGUAUAACACCUGAGUGGGCACUUAAUCCCCUUCGACUAAAUGCUGUUCAUCGUAGUCGUCCUGAAGAGUUUUCCAAGUCUCAGUCGUUAAGACGAAGUUAUAGGUUUAGACGUUCAGUAAAGUGGAAGGCAAGAGAGAGAUUACCCAUUGUGCAUGAAAAGGAACAUACGCCUGCUUAUCAAGAAAAAGAAUCAAAAGAUGCAGUUAGAACAACUAGAUCAAUCCUUCACGGUAUUAGAAAACGUCAGCAAGAAAUUGUUAAAUGUGGAGAAAAAAUCUCUGAAUUGGGUUAUCCAGUUUGUGCAGUUAUUCAUUCAGCCAAACAGCACACAGGCAACCGUCCACUCGGAUCCAGUCUGAUGGGAAGCUUUCUGAUUUUAAGAUUAAUGCCAUCCCUACACCAGCACUCUCAACAAAGUCACAUCAAUGAGUGCUUAUCACCUCCUACUUAGCACAUCACUACUAAGAACCGUCUACUUCGUGUGUAAAUUCAUUGGUUCAUAUAUAUGUAGAGCGAGAUCUCUAAAAGGUGUGCUGUUUUAUUUUAUUCAAUUUUUAACAUUUUGAUGCACUAUAAAACGAAAUUUAAUGUUUAAUUCUGAGGAAGAAUUAUUCUUUAACUGAAUUUUAGAUUUUCCCGUUUGAAACUAUGGGCACUGGGUUCGAGCCUUGGUGGAAACAUCACUCAGGUACAUCCAGGUGACGAGUCCCAAAUAGGACAAUAUGCACAUCCUGGAUUCCACUGCUAGUCA